AAAAUAAAAAAUGUUUUAAUCGGCCUGAUUUAAUUUCAGAUCAGACGGGUUCAUAAUUCCGGAAGUGCUGGGCGAUUCUUUCACUUUUCAUUUCUUCGUGUAUUGAACUCGAUGGCAGCACCUCAGCUUUCCGUGUCCGCCGAUCAGUACUCCUGCUCGGUGUGUCUGGAGGUCCUGAACGAGCCGGUCACUAUCCCGUGUGGACACAGCUACUGUAUGGACUGUAUUAAUGACUACUGGGACAAGUCGGACACAACUACAGACUUCAGGUGUCCUCAGUGCAGACGGUCAUUUAGCGUGAGGCCGGAGCUGAACAGAAACACCGUAUUAAGAGACCUGAUAGAGAAACUGAAGAAGGUGACAGCCGGUGGCGGUUCGUCUGAGAGUUACGCAGGACCUGACGAUGUGUCCUGUGAUUUUUGUACAGGAAGAAAAUUGCGAGCCGUGAAGACUUGCCUGACGUGCAUGGCCUCCUACUGUGAGACACACCUGCGGCCACACCUGGAGUCUGACGCCUUCAAAAGACACAGACUGGAGGAGCCGACUGGGAAUCUGGAAAAGCAGUUGUGCACGAAACAUCAGAAAGUUCUGGAAAUCUUCUGUAGGACAGACGAGACCUGCUUGUGCGUAAUGUGUGCAGUGACCGAACACAACGGCCAUGACAUGAUGACACCUGAACAGGAGAGAUUUAGGAAAGAGAAUCAGCUGGAAGAGAGUAAGGAAGAAAUGAGAAGGAAAACUGAGGAGAAAGAGAAGAAAAUGGAGAAGACAAAGGACACCAUAGUGAGGGUUCAGAGCUGGGCAGACAGUGAAGUGCAGGGACACGAGGAGACCUUCAAGUCUGCGCUUCAGUCCAUAGAGAUGCUGAGGUCAGAGGCCACCGAGGUCAUUAGAGGUCAUGAGAGAAGGGUGGUGUCAAAGGCCAAAGAGGUCAUCAAGCAGCUGGAGGAGGAGAUCAAGGAGCUGAAGAGGAGAGGCGUUGAGAUGGCCGAGCUUUCACAGACAGACAACCACAUCCACUUCCUAAUUAAGUUUCCAUCUGUCUGUCUCUCUGUUGGAGAUCAAGACACCCCAGAUGUUAGUGUCAAUGGAGAUUUGCUUCCUGAGGCUUUUAGGAUGAGCCUGUCUGAGCUGAAGAAGAGUCUGCAGGAGAUCAGUGGCUGGGAGCUUGUGAAGACCAGUGAGGCCGGGGUUGAUGAUUCCAUCCACACCCUGCAGAAUCUGAGGACCAGAAAUGGACUUUUAAAAUACUUCUGUCCGCUUACCCUGGACCCCAACACAGCGCACAGAUGCCUGGAACUCUCUGAAGGGUCCAAGAAGGUGACAUGUGAGGGGACAGAGAUCACAUUUCCCGAUCAUCCUGACAGAUUUGACUGCUGGCCUCAAGUUCUUUGUAGUGAGGCUCUCAGUGGGACUCGCUGGUACUGGGAGGUCGAGUGGAGUGGAGAUGAGGCAGAGAUUGGAGUCGCAUAUAAAGGAAUUGGAAGAAAGGGAGGAAGUAACGAGUGUCUUCUUGGAGGCAAUAGCCAGUCCUGGUGUUUGUACUACUGUGAUUCCAGUUACUCAGUGUGGCACAAUAACGAGCUAACUCAAAUCAGCGCUCCCUGUAGUCACAGAAUAGGUGUGUACCUGGACUGGCCUGCUGGCUCUCUGUCAUUUUAUAGUGUCUCUGACACAAUGACCCUCCUGCACAAGAUCAACGCUUCCUUCACUGAACCAUUGUACGCGGGGUUUUGGGUGGACGAUGGCUCCAGUGUAACAAUCUGCAAUUUGAGCACCUCGGAUAAGUGACCAGUGGCAUCUACAGAUCACUUCAUAUCUUAUGUUUAAUAGUAAAGAGGGGAAAUCAA